UGAUAUACGCUAGAGAACGUAUUUACCAGCAACCUUCGCCCGCACGUACAACAGCUGGCAACAUUUCUUACAAUGAGACGCAGUGGUGAGACAGUGUGCGGACAAAAAGCUGGUUAACCACAACACAUUUCUCUGCUUUUACAGUCUAGGUACUAUUGCUGAUGCUCCCUACUUGUCACUGCUUGUGGUCGUUGUGGAAGUCAUCCCUGCAAACCGUUCACCGUCGUCAGAAUCUCAUCUGUCCUCAGCAUCAGGUCCCCAGCACGUCCACUGCCGUCCCCACAUCCCGGUCAUGGCAAGUGAGAGCGCCGGGGCGCCUUCGACGGAGGAACAGGGCCUGGCAUCGCCACCGCUUCCUCAGUCAUCGCCACCGCUUCCUCAGUGGAUGAUGUUUGGAGCAGAUGCCGACACUAAGACGCCCGUGAGCGCCCAGAUAAUAGGUACAAUACCUAAAUGGUUGAAUGGAAGUCUGUACCGCAAUGGCCCUGGAAUCUAUCAGAUAGGAGAAACAUGUCUGGAACACCUUUUAGAUGGCUUUUCUGUGCUUCAUCGUUACAUCAUCCAUGACGGGGAAGUGCAGUAUCAAUCACAUGUUCUGGAGUCUGAGGCAUGGACAAGCUCAGGAAAGGCCAACCGACUGGUGGUAUCACAGUUUGCUACCUAUGCCUCACCUGAUCCAUGCAAAUCUUUCUUGUCCAAGGUGGUGUCCUUUCUAAGUCCUUUGAGCGUAGAAGAUCUCUCUGACAACACAGCAAUCAAUAUUGUUCAGCAUGGUGAUAAACUAUUUGCUAUGACUGACAUGUCAGUUAUGAAUGAAGUGGACCCUCAGACUCUUCUUGUGAAAAACAAGGUAGAGCUUCAUAAACUGGUUCCUGUGCAUAUGGUAACUGCUCAUCCACAUUUUUCUCGUGAUGGGAAAAUGUAUAACCUGGGCACCUCAAUCAACCCUUCUGCAGCCUACAGCAUUUUUGAGAUAUUUCCACAAGCAACAUUACAAUCAGAGCCUCAAGAGACUCAGGGGUCUGUGAAAGCUCAGUUGUUGGUCACCAUCCCUUCCCAGUGGAACAUGCAUGUCGGCUACAGCCACAGUUUUGGCAUGUCACAAAACUACUUCAUUGUGCUGGAGCAGCCCAUGGCCUUGAAUAUCCUCAAGGUUGUGACUAUGAACUGGAGACGAGAAGGACUAGCAUCAUGUUUUACAAAACUGAUGGGAGAAAAGAUGGUCUUCCGAGUGAUUCAGCGCUCUGACAAGCGACCGCUUAGCAUACGGUUUGAAACAGACAGCACCUUCUGCUUCCACUUUGUAAACUGCUUUGAGGAUCAUGACGGGCAGCUGGUUGUGGAUCUGUGUUGCUAUGAUGAUGUUGAUCUUGUUGAGGAUCUGUAUUUGAAGAAGAUUAGAGACCACACAUGCAAUCUUAUUCCUUCUGCUACUUUACGUCGGUAUGUCCUGCCAGUCUGUGUAGAAGAGGCUGGCCCUGAAGACAACCUGGUCUCUCUCCCAUACACGACAGCUACUGCCCACAUGAUCUCACCAGGUGUCAUUCACUGCACACCAGACUACAUCUCAGAAGAGAGGAUUGUUCUUGAACUGCCUCAAAUUCAUUACAAGAAAUUUAAUGCAACAAAAUAUCGAUAUGUGUAUGGAGCGUCUGCCAACAAGGUGAACAAGCUUUUAGUGAAAGUAGACCUUGCUGAAAAGAGAGCAAUUUACUGGAUGGAGCCUGGCUUUUUCCCUGGGGAGCCAGUGUUUGUGGCCAAACCAGAUGCAGAAGAUGAAGAUGAGGGUGUUGUCCUGGCGCCCGUUCUUAGUGAAAUUUCAGACAUGCCUUCCUUUUUGCUGGUGCUAGAUGCAAAGAGCUUCAAGGAAAUUGGACGUGCCAUUACACCUUGUGAUGUGAAGAUACCCUUAACUUUUCAUGGUUCUUUUAUUCCUCAUGAUCAUCCAUCAGCUAAAUCAAAUAAGUGACCUUAUUUAAUGUAGAAAUACAGAUCAAAAUAAGCUCCUAGGAUUUUUUCCAAUGGUAUCAUCAUUAAUGGCUUUAUCUAGGUCAUUUCACUGCCGGACUAUGAACUAUGGAAGAGAUUUUAAGUUUUCUUUGCAUGUUGAUAGCAUCAAAAGUCAUCAAACAGCUCAACAUAAUUCAGCAGUUCUUGUAAAAUGAAGAAAGUACUGGAUACACAAGAAGGGCAAGGAAUGCAAGUCAUCGUGUCCUUUCCUUCUUGCAGUAAACAGUUCUGUAAGACAUGCAUUCUUUUACACUUCUGCUCCUUACCUAAUCCUUAUCUUCUUCCUCUCAUCUAUAUUUCAAAUCUGAAAUACUUCUGACUUUGCACAUG